AAAAAUGACUUUUGAUGGCGAUCUCGGAAUUGUGUGAAUAUCGGCAUCUGUGGAACGGCAAUUUUAUAGAAUUUUCUUGUUGCGAUUUAAUAUUUCUAUUUAAAUUUAUUAUUGUAGUGUAAAAUCGAUAUGGAGUCUAAAGAUGAAGUAAAAUCUAAUACGGAAAAAACUAUAUUUGACGCGAUCGCUCAAGGCGAUUUAACGGAAUUCAAAAAUAUUUUAGCGCAACAUAAGGGCGGCGUCGAUUUCUUUGACGAAAAUGGUAUGACUGCUCUUCAACAUGCAGCAUAUAAGGGGAACAAGGAUAUGGUGCAAUUGCUGCUCGAUAGAGGUGCAGAUGUAAAUUCUGGGAAACAUGAGUACAACUAUACAGCAUUACAUUUUGGUGCAUUAUCUGGCAGUUCUGAAGUUUGCAAAUUACUACUGGAUGCUGGUGCCAAGCCUACUGCUACAAACUCUGUGGGACGAACUGCUUCACAAAUGGCUGCUUUUGUUGGAAAUCAUCACACUGUAGCCACUAUCAACAACUUCAUACCUCGCAGUGAAAUUGCUUACUAUUCUGUACCGCAAGGACAACAAACUGAGCCAUAUUUGCUUCCUAUUUUAGUUGAUCCUCUCCACAAGUUUGUUUUGGGUGUCAAUAUUCACCCUGUCCGAUUAGGCCUCAAUUUGCAACAUACACCUAGUUUACUAGAGAAUGCCGAUGCAGUAAGCAAAGUGCUUGAGAUGCUAUGUAAAAGAGAAAUGACACGAGGCAGUGAAACAAAUGAGGUGAUGGCUUUCAAAUACCAUUAUCUCUCAUACAUUGUUAGAGAAAUCAAUAAUAUAAGAGAUAAACAGAAACCUAGUUCUGAAAAAGAAGACAAGAAACAUGAUAUUGUUGAAGUAUUCUCUAAAAAGCUAUUAAAACCUGGUAAAGAUGGUGUCUCCUUAGAUUUGAUGGAUACAUUUCUCAAGGAUUGUGUGAGGGAGUUUCCAUUCAGAGAGUGCACAACAUUUCACCAAAUGGUGUCUUCAUUGACUAGUAAAAAUCCUCCUUCUGCAUUAUCUGUUAUAAACUGUACAAUUAAUGGGCAACGUGGUUUUGUUGACGCUAUUCCUUAUUGCAGUACAUGUGGAGAAGAAAAACCAGCUAAGAAAUGCUCUAAAUGUAAGUCUGUGCAAUAUUGUGACAGAGAAUGUCAACGUUUACAUUGGUUUGUCCACAAGAAAGCAUGUAAUAGAGAAUGCAGUACACCCAAUUCUGCAUCUAAUGCAAAAGUUGCUAUUGAUACCAAUGAAUUGAGUUCGGAGCUUCAAAAUCUUGUAGCUGGAUAGACUUUAAAAUGUAAUUGUGACAUAUAAAUAUUAUUGAUCUAUUUCCUCACUUUAUUGUAAUUAAAUGUGUAUGUAUAAAUGGAAUGGCUGCUUACUUUAUUUCAGAAUAUAGAAAACAUUUACAACA